GAUAGUAAUAAGAUUUUAAAGCUGCAAAAGCAAAAAUAUCACAGGCAGAAGAUGGCCAAGGAAAGAUGCCAGAAAAAGUCCUUUCAAGAUAGUCUUGAAGACUUAAAGAAGCGAAUGAAAGAGAAAAGGAAUAAAAACUUGGCAGAGGCUGGCAAGCGCAGGUCCUUUAUCCCUGCACCAUGCCAAGUCAUCACCAGCACUGGUACACUGCUGAAAAAUUACCAGGAUAACAACAGAAUGUUAGUUUUAGCUUUGGAAAAUGAAAAAUCCAAAGUAAGAGAAGCCCAGGAUAUCAUCCUACAGCUAAGAAAAGAAUGUUACUACCUUACAUGUCAGCUCUAUGCACUGAAAGAAAGACUUACUUCACAACAAACAGAAGAUACUGCUCAGGACCAGGAAAUAUGUCUGUCAGGAAUGGACUCCAAUAAUGGCGACAACCCCAAGGACUUAUUUGCAAAGGAUUUACUUUCGGAGAAACAAAAUGAUUUCAGAUACUGCCAAGUCUCUGCAAAGGCUAACUGCCCCCAGUCUGAUACCUUGGAUGAUUUUGAGACCAGUCAUUUGGAAGGGCAGCCUUUUGAAUUGGAAAGAAUCAGCUAUGUAGACCCAGUAGUAAAGAUGCACAUACCAAAAGAUGUCUGUCAGUGGAACAAAGACAAAAUUAAUUCAUCACCAAGGCUGAUUCAACCAGGAAAAUGUACCAAAAUGAAAGGGAACAUUUUAGAUUCUAAAUCUGAGAAAAAAAGCAAGCAUAAAGAUGUACGACUAAGAAAAAAGGAGAAAAAAAAAGGUAGGAGAAUAAGAUCUAAGUAUACACCAAAGUAUAAAGGGAACAAAAGUGAAAAUCAAACAACUGUUUGCUCUCAAAACUUGGGUGAAUCUGGCAGUUCCACUGAUGCUUACAACUUUAAUUUGGAAGAGGGCAUUCAUCUCACUCCUUUCCGACAAAAAACAAACACUGAUUCUGAUAAAGAAGAAAACAACAGUAAGUCUGAAGUGAGCACCUGUGAAUACAGCAGUUCUGGAGAUGAUUCUGAUGAUGUCUACGUGCCCAGGUACAAACACAGUCCAGGUCCCACAAGCACAUCAGAGAGGCCCAUCACCAGGCCACGCUCUAAAAGAGCACAGAAAGGCACAAAACGGGAGGCUGAGGAGUCAGCGCCAACAAAAACUCCUACUAGUACAACACCCAAGACUCACUCACCACGUUCAUCACAGAAUUGUAACCUAAAGGAUAUCACCAAUGUUCUCUUGUUUCCUCAAGUAAAAAUCAGGAGACUUUCUGCAUCUCCAAAAAGGAAUAAGGAAAGCACACCCAUGAGUCUUCCCAAGCGCAGGUGCACAGGCAGUGUGAACUAUAAGGAGCCGACACUCAUUUCGAAACUAAGAAGAGGAGACCCUUUCACAGAUUUGUGUUUCCUGAAUUCUCCUAUUUUCAAGCAGAAAAGAAAUUUGAGACGUUCUAAAAAAGUAUGAAGCAAAUACAGUAAAUCUCUUCUUGGCUGCGGCUUAAAUUUCUCCAACAUCCUUUUCUAUUGCUCUAAUAGAGAAUCUGUAAGAUAGUGCACAGUGAGUAGGACUGUUGCCGGAGAAUACUGUCUUACCAGAACCCUCGAUCAUGAACAUUUCUUCAAAGCCACGUUAUAAGUGUUUAGUUUCCUUCCUAAACCCUUUGAUUGUAUUUAAAAUAUAUCUUAUACCAACAUUUUAGAAAUUAUAAAUUUUCUGGCAUCUUUUAUGUCCUCCUUAAGAGGGGGAUAAUAGUGUUUUUUAAACACAGGAUGAAGAUCUUUUGAAAAUCCUUACAUAAUUUUUGUGUAAAAUAAAUCUUUGACAUUCAUAGGUGUGCCCUAAGUUUGUGGAGCUCUUCUACUACUGUUGCACUGGAUUCCUCAGAUGAAAUGCUUAAAAAAUCAUAAUUACAGAAGCAAUGGCUGGUCAGGCUCAUAAACUAGUUGAGGGGAUAGUUAUGAUCCCUGGGUAUAUGUUCAGAUUGUACCUCAGACAAACCCUACACUGCCAUGUCAUGGACUCAGAGCUCCUUACUUAGGUAAAAAUCUCAAAUGUUAAAUAUAUGAAUACUAAGGGUUUUUUCUGGUUUUGACCAACCAACGAGAAAAAAUUAUUUUAAUUUGUAGUGUUUGACAU